AUGGGGACCGGGGCUCAUUCAGAUAAUGAGCUGCAGCAGGCAGAGCUCGACCCCGUGUCGCCGUCGUCGCCACCGCAUCCUUCCGCCACCGCCGCCACCAACGACGACGAAAAGCUGCCCAUCCAACGCACCAACUCGCGCGCCCCGUACUCUGUGCACUCCAAGACGGUGAAGCGGCUGCUCGUGCUGGGCGCCGCCUGCACCGCGCUCUUCUCGCCCAUCUCCGCGCAGAUCUACCUGCCGGCGCUGAUCCCCAUCGCGCACAGCCUGCGCGUCAGCGCCGCCCAGGUCAACCUGACCAUCACCACGUACAUGGUCUUCCAGGGCGUCACGCCCAUGUUCGUCGGCUCGCUGGCGGACGCGGGCGGCCGCCGGCCCGCGUACGUGGCGUGCUUCGUCGUGUACCUCGCGGCCAACGUCGGGCUCGCGCUGGCGCCCAACUACGCGGCCGUGCUGGCGCUGCGCUGCCUGCAGUCGGCCGGGUCCAGCAGCACGGUCGCGCUGUGCACGGCCGUCGUGGCGGACGUGGUGACGUCGGCGGAGAGGGGCCAGUACGUCGGCUUCACGGUGCUGCCGACCGUAUUGGCGCCCUCGCUGGGGCCCGUCCUGGGCGGCGUGCUGUCGCAGUAUCUCGGCUGGCGCUCGAUCUUCUGGUUCCUUGCGAUCUCCGCCGGCGUGGCCCUCGUCCUGAUCCUCGCCUUCCUCCCGGAAACGUGCCGGCGCAUCGUCGGAGACGGGUCCGUUCCGCCGCCGCCAAUCUACCGAUCUGGCCUUCAAGUGAUCCGCCUGCGCAAGGAGAACCGCAGGGCUGAGGAGGAAGCACCCGACCUGGAGGGAGCCUCCGGAGCACCACCAUCCGAGGCCACCGAAGCCAAGUUCAAGUUCAAGCCGCCCAACGUCCUCGAGGCCGUCAUGAUGCUCUUCCGGCGCUCGUCCGGCCUCCUGCUCUGGUCCAGCAGCAUCAUCUUCGCCGGCUUCUACUGCAUCUCCGCCGCCAUGCCCGCGCUCUUCCACAGCCGCUACCACCUCGACGAGACGCAGGUCGGGCUCAUGUACCUGCCCAUCGCGGGCGGCUCCAUCGUCGCGGCGCUCGUCGUCGGCCGCGGCAUGACCUGGAACUACAAGCGGUACUGCGCGCUCGCCGGUGUGACCUUUGACCGCAGCCGGCAGAUGGACAUGUCCGACUUUCCCAUCGAGCGCGCGCGCCUCGAGAUCGGCAUCCCGCUGAUGCUGCUCGCGGGCACGUGCCUCAUCGCCUGGGGAUGGGCGGUGCACUUCCACGCGCACAUCGCGGUGCUGUGCGUCAUCAUGUUCUUCUUGGGAAUCGGCCUGAUCGGCAUGACCAACUCGAUGAACGUGCUGCUGGUGGACAUGCACCCAGGCAAGGCCGGCACGGCGACGGCGGCCAACAACCUGACGCGGUGUCUGGUGGGCGCGGGCGCCACGGCGGCGAUUGUGCCGCUGGAGAGGGCUAUUGGCGUCGGAAAGGCGUUUUCGAUUGUGGGAAGCCUCUUCUUCAUCUGUCUUACACCGCUGGCUUUACUGGCGUUCAAGGGCGCGGGAGUUCGAGGAUAUGAAAAGUCAGACUUUUAUUUGGCAACAGCACUUAUGAGACCGCGUAUAGACUGGCGGUUCAAAGUCGACUUUGAAGACAAUCUUGACCUACUCUCUGAGAUGGACAUGCACCGCUAUCGAUUACAGCGCCGCCUCAUCGGGCGAGUCUACAGGACGGCCAAUGUGCUCCGCCAUGAACAAGCCCUCGACAGAGCACUGGGAGAUGUCGUCGGUAGGCUUACCUCCAUCAAAGGUGUAGAGAUUGACUUGACAGAGUGGAUGCACAUAAUAGCUGUGGAAUCGCUUGGCGCCGUGGUCCUGUCCUGGUCGCCAGGCAUGAUCAAGGCCGGAACAGAUCGCGACACCAGCAACCAAAGCUACCUUGGCUGGCGCCGCAAGUCCGUGUUCGGACUGUUCCCCCUAAUAACCAAGCUCGAAGUUAACUAUAAAUGGAUCGGAAGGAUCUUUGGUACUCUUUGGGGUAUCACAUAUCAGACCCCCAAGGGCUUCAAGCCGUUCUUCCCUGAAGUCUCGAGAAAAGUGGCUCGACGGAUUAAGAACGCCUCGAACCCAACCGCCGGCCAGAGGCAAGAUCUCCUCGCAGAUUUGAUUAAGCUGCACGAGGACAAGCCCGAGUUCACGGAGAUGUAUCUGCGGAAGAUGGCCAUCACCAACUUUGGCGCUGGGCAUGAGACUCUUGCCUCGACCCUGACUGCCGUCAUGGCCAUGCUGGGGGCACACCCAGACGUACAAGAGGAAGCAAGGCGAGAAAUUCGCUCCAAAAAGGCGGCAAAACCACAAAAGCCUGGCAGCUGCAUCGCCUAUACGGAUUGCCUGGAGCUGUUGUACACUCGCGCCGUCAUCCGGGAGGCAAUGCGCCUCUACCCUGUCAUCGGUAUGAGCCUGCCGCGCGUUGUACCUCGUCAUGGCAGUGGGCUGAACCUCCAUAGCUUUCACAUCCCACCCGGCACAACCGUGGGUUGCAACCCCGUUGCGCUGCACCGCAACCAAGACAUUUGCGGCCCGAACCCCGACGCGUUUGACCCUCGCCGCUGGGUCGUCAGCGGCAGCAGCAGCGCCGAAAUUGACGAGGGACGCGUCCGAGCUCUGGAGCGAUACAGUCUCAACUGGGGCGGGGGGUCGCGGACGUGUCCCGGGAGGCAGGUGGCCGAGAUGAUUGUGCUCAAGUGCGUUGUGUGCCUGCUUGAAAGGUUCGAGGUUCUCACCGCCGACCCAGUGCCCGAGGACCACGGCCCGACGUACUUUCUGGCCAUGCUGACAGGGGUCCGCGUAAGAUUUCUGUCCACGGAGGAGGGGGGAUUAAAGUGA